UUUCAUACUUCAUAAUAGUGUCGUUGACGUUUGAUAUAAAAUGAAAAAUAUUUAAAAAAAGAUAAACUGAAAAUAUCUUAAAUAUAUUUUAUUAUUCAAGUGAUCUUAAAUAUCAUUAUGUGGUACCAAAGAAGGCUAUUGCCACCGAAAAUAUAGCAUCAUAUAACACAUCCUUACAAAAAGUUGCGUCAUCUCUGCAAUCUUUGCAUACGAAACAUGUACCUAAAUAAUUAAAAAGAAAUAAGUAUGCCUUCUCAUCAGGGUGAAGAAGAAGAUAAACCUUGCAGAGCUUGUAGCGAUUUUAAAUCGUGGAGUAAAAAGACUAAGGUUAAAAUCCAGACUCCAAGUAAACCUGAACCGGCACCAUUGGAAGAUAAAGAAUGUCCUUUAGAUAAGGAGGAAUUAGGCAAAUCCACAUGGGGCUUCCUACACACUAUGGCAUCCUAUUAUCCAGAAAAACCAACUAAAUCUGAAGCUGAAAAAAUGGUUCAAUUCUUUAAUAUUUUCUCCCAAUUCUAUCCAUGUGAGCCUUGUGCACUAGACUUCCAGGAUGACAUAAAAAAAAAUCCACCUAAAACAAAAACCAGAGAGGAGUUAGCAAAAUGGUUGUGUGAUAGACACAAUACAGUCAAUAAGAAGCUUGGCAAACCUAUGUUCGACUGCAGUAAAGUGCAUGAGCGAUGGAAAGAUGGCUGGCUUGAUGGCUCUUGUGAUUAAUAGAAA